AUGAAUGAGCCAGCGCGUGUGCAGACCCGCUUGACGAAGGAGAGCGGCCCUAAGGUUACUGGUGCUGCCAGUGAGGCAAAGAUUGGCGGACCCUUCACGCUAACGCCAAACCCGCCCUUUGUAGCGGCUCGCGUUGCCGUGUACGAUCGCAUCAUGGCAGAGCAGAAGAAACAGCAGGAGGCGCUAGCUGCCAAGCAAACACCUAUCAAAAUCACUCUUCCUGAUGGUGCCGUAAAGGAAGGAAUAGCCUGGAAAACAACACCCUUGGACGUGGCACUUGGAAUCUCGCAAGGUCUGGCCGACCAGGUUGUUGUGGCACGCGUCACCUACCGUGGUAAGCCCGAGGACCCUUUCAGCGUCACUGCUGCUGAUGUGGAUGGCAAUGAAGCUAGUGAUAAAACUAGUGACGCUUGCUGCGGUGCUGUAGCUGACUUAAGCGAACUAUGGGAUGUAUUUCGUCCACUUAUUGGGGAUUGCAGACUAGAGUUGCUUAAAUUUGACGACGCGGAAGGCCGCAUGGUCUUUUGGCACUCAAGUGCCCAUAUAUUGGGUGAAAGUCUUGAGACAUUGAAGGGUGCACAUUUGACUAUCGGUCCUCCUGUUGAGGGAGGGUUUUAUUAUGACUCGUAUAUGGGUACGGAGACGGUGCCGGAGAGCGACUUGAGUGUCAUUGAGAAAGCUUGUCUCAAGGUUGUGAAGGACAAACAAAAAUUCGAACGUAUAGUUUUGACCAAAGAGGAGGCGCUUGAAAUGUUUGCGGAUAAUGUCUUUAAGACGCAAAUCAUUUCGACCAAGAUACCGGACGGUGGAAAAACCACAGCCUAUCGCUGCGGUCCGCUCAUUGAUUUGUGUCGUGGUCCACACGUACCUCAUACUGGCAAAAUCAAAGCGCUGGCUGUCACGCGUACUUCAAGCUCCCACUGGCUUGGAAAAACUACUAAUGAUGCUUUGCAACGUGUUUACGGCAUUUCAUUCCCGGACAAGAACCAAAUGAAAGAGUGGAAGCAUUUUCAGGCUGAAGCUGCUAAGCGUGACCACCGCCGUCUUGGUGUGAGUGAAGAGCUCUUUUUUUUCCACUCGCUCAGCCCUGGUAGCGGCUUUUGGCUACCACACGGCUCCGCUAUCUACUUUAAGCUGCUUAAAUUUAUUCGAGAGCAGUACCGAGCACGUGGAUAUACAGAAAUUAUCACACCUAAUAUCUACAACAUGGAACUGUGGAAUAUUUCGGGUCAUGCUCAGCAUUACAAAGAAAAUAUGUUUGUGUUUGACGUUGAGGGCCAAGAGUACGCUCUCAAACCCAUGAAUUGCCCGGCUGCAUCACUCAUGUUUGACUUUCGUCAGCGUUCGUAUCGUGAGUUACCCAUCCGUCUCGCAGACUGUGGCGUGCUGCACCGAAACGAGCUUAGUGGUGCUUUAACCGGACUCACGCGUGUGCGUCGCUUUCAGCAAGAUGAUGCCCAUAUUUUCUGCCGCGAUGACCAGAUUAAAAAAGAGGUGCUCGAUUUUUUGACGUUUAUGAAGUAUGUAUAUGAUGUCUUUGGUAUCCACUUUUGUCUGGAGUUGUCCACCCGACCUGAGAAAGCUAUGGGCGAGCUGGAGCAAUGGGAGCGGGCUGAAAAGCAGCUAGCCGAAGCCCUCGACGAAUUUGUUGGCGCUGGCAAGUGGGUUGUGAACCCAGGCGAUGGAGCUUUUUACGGCCCAAAGAUUGAUAUUAUGAUCACGGACGCAUUAAAGCGUCAGCACCAAUGCGCCACUGUGCAGCUUGAUUUCCAGCUACCAAUUCGUUUCAACCUCAAGUACCGCACGGACGAUGCUGAGAACUUCAAGCGCCCGGUAAUUAUUCAUCGUGCUAUUUACGGAUCACUAGAACGAUUUGUCGCUGUUUUGGUUGAGCAUUACGCUGGCAAGUUUCCGUUUUGGUUAUCGCCGCGCCAGAUACUUAUUGUCACGGUAGGCGCUUCAUUCGUAGAUUACGGGUAUGAGGUUAAGGAUGCGCUGUUCCGUGCUGGCUUUGACGUGGAAAUUGAUGACUCGGGUAAAACACUGAAUAAGAAGAUUCGCGAAGGCCAGAUGGCUCACUACAAUUUCAUUUUAGUUGUUGGUGCGCAAGAAAAAGAUACACGCUCUGUUAACAUCCGAACUCGCGACAACAUGGUGAGGGGUACUAAGACUCUGGAGGAGGCUAUUGCCAUGUUUAAAGAGCUAGAGGUUUCCAAAGCAGCCGAUGAGUAA